CUGGAUGCGUCUAAACUGCAGGACAAAUUACAACAACAACAACAACAACAAGAAGAAGCUUAAUCGUUCCCUGCACAACCCACGACCAUGUCCAGACAUCAUUAUCUUGACAGAAUUGUGGGGUCAAGACGAGCGCUGCAUUUUGUGUUCAAAGUUGGUGACAGAUCCAAAACAGCAACGUUUUACCGAGAUGUUCUUGGCAUGAAGAUUUUACGCCAUGAAGAGUUUGAAGAAGGCUGUAAAGCAACUUGUAACGGACCCUACGAUGGGAAAUGGAGCAAGACAAUGGUUGGCUUUGGUCGAGAGGAUGACCAUUUUGUUGCUGAGCUGACAUACAAUUAUGGGGUGGGAGAAUAUCACCUUGGCAAUGACUUCUUGGGGCUAACUCUGCAGUCCAGCAAAGCUGUGAGCAAUGCUAAGCGUCUGGGGUGGCCUCUUACUGAGGUAGGAGAGGCUCUGUAUCUGACACAGGCUCCAGGAGGAUAUCCUUUCUACAUUGUGGACAAAGAGCAGCCUGCCAGUGACCCUGUGCAGAAGGUUUGUCUCGGGGUAUCAGACCUCCAGAGAUCCUCCCACUACUGGACCACACUCUUGGGCAUGAAAGUGAUAGAAAAGAACAAGGAGAAGAAAACUGUAUUGAUGGGAUUUGCAGACUCGCAGUGUAAACUGGAGCUUCAGGAUAUCUCUGGGACCGUUGAUCAUGGAACAGCGUUUGGGAGAAUAGCAUUUUCAUGUCCACGCGAGCAGCUGUCUGACCUUGAAGCUUUGAUGAAAAAAGAAAAUCAGAACAUUCUUACUCCGCUAGUUAGCCUGGACACUCCUGGAAAAGCAACAGUGGAAGUGGUUAUAUUGGCUGACCCAGAUGGACAUGAGAUCUGCUUUGUGGGAGAUGAGUCUUUUAGGCAGCUGUCCAUGGUGGACCCCAAAGGAGAUGAAUUGCUUGAUAAGGCCAUGGAUGAAGACAAGAGCGACGAGUGGUUUGCCAAACACAACAGACAGAAGGCUGCUGCAUGAGAUGAAGGGGCUUGUCUGAAGAAUUGUUUACCGUCUAUUUCUCACCCCUUGAUAUGAUGAUUAGUCUCUGUGCCAGGAACCUGUAUCAUGAAUCUUCUUGUAAUGACAAUUCGACGGUCCUGGGGCAGACAAUAUGAGAUUUAUUAAACCUUGGAAGCUUGCUGUUGGGCAAAUGAAUUUGGAUAUUUUAAUUUGGAUAUUUUCUCUGAUAAACAUCUCUCCUUUUUACAAGAUACAGAGGCGACCCAAUUAAUGCUCAUAAUUAUUGCUGUAAUACUACAAGGCAGCAUUAUUUCUAUUUUAGUUAGUUUUUGGGUAUCUUGAUAAUGAUAAAACAUUUCUACGCACCUUACGAGUGAAUCAUGAUUCAAAUGAUUUAACUGUGUAGUUUGGCACAGUGCCACAACAUGACAUAAUAAUAGAGGCAUGCAGUAUUGUUAAUGGUUUACUUUAGUGACAAUUCUGAAAUUGAUCUUAAUUAUUGCAAAAUCCAACAACAUUUAGUGUACUAUAUCCCUUGUUCAAAUUGGUUAAGACAAAAUACACGAAGCAUCACAAAUGCAAACGGUUGAAUGGUUUCAUCAAUUUAUAAUUUGAUAUGGAGUAAAAGUAAUUACAUUUUAUUUUAAUUUGUACAUUAUUGAGUGAACCAUAUAUUCAUUUAUUAUUAAAUGAUACAAACUAGUAUGUUUGAACUAAACAUUAAUAAUAAGUAAGGGUUUUUUUUUUUUAACAAGGGGAUAUUAUUUUGAAAUUAUGCAGACUUGAGUGUCAAAUAUUAAAGUGUACAACUGUGAAGAAAAAUGACUUCCAGUUCUUUGAUGUGGCAAAAAGAGUAGUCAUGCACUGAACCCUAUCAUUUGUACAAUUACAAGUCUUAUUUCAGAUAAAUAAAUUGAACUUUUCAACUUUGUGAAA